AUGGAGGGUCUCCCCGGCCUGCACCCCAUCCCGGGCCGUCGGGGGCUCCCCUACCCCGGGGCCGGGCCGCACCGGCCAACUUCCUCGCAAGCCCCCGCCUCCCGCCGCCUCCACCCCGAGCGCCUCGAGUCACCUUCCCGAUCACUCCAUCUCGUCCUGCCGCCUGCAAUGCCCAGGGCCGCUGAGCCGGGCCGAGCGGCGCCGCACGCCGGGAGCAGGAGGAGCGGCCCUCGUCCCGGUCGCCGCACUCCACCGCCACGACCGCAAGAGCCAACGCCGGGGAGCGAGCUGGCCGCGGCCGCGCGCCUCUCGCCGCGUCGCCUGGCAGGCCAGCGAGCGAGCGGGCGGGCGGAGUCGGCGCCCCACCAAAGCGGAGAGCGCGAGGGCCGGCGGACGCCGCCGCUGAGUCAGCCGGAGGCGCGCUCCCCGCCUUGGUGCCGCGCCGGCCAAGCGCCGGCUGCCUCAGGAAGAGAGUGCGACGGCAGCCCGCGGGGCUGGGCCGCGGGGACUACAACUCCCGGCGUGCAACGGGCAGGAGGCGCUUCCGGGCGGCGUGGUCGCCGCGCCUAUGUGGCGCACGCGGGGACGAGGCUUCCGGCCGUCCACCGGCUGGGAGAGUCGCGAGGUCCGGUGGCCUUGGCGCGGUCCGCGAAGGCUUCGUGCUGGUAG